UACAUACAAAAUUGUCCAAAUAAAAAUAACCUCAAAUAUUUAAGUAAUGUAAUGCGGUAAGAUAAAAAAAAAAAUAUUCUAGUCUUUACAUGGCGAUACAAAGGGCGACUAUUAAAGUAAUCAAGUGAUCUUCAAAAUGGUAUUUAUUCUCCGGACUUUAUACGCUGCGAAGGAAAUAAAACGACCGCGUAAUUACCUUCGAAGUAAAUUUAUUGAUUCAGUAAGAUUACACGUAAAAGGCGGCACAGGGGGGACUGGUCUACCAAAAUAUGGUGGCCUUGGGGGUCAGGGUGGAUGUGUGUAUUGUAGUGGAAAAGAGGAUGCAAGCCUUAGGAAAAUUAUGACCUUUUACCGUAGCAAAACCAUCGCUGCCGGCCACGGCGAAGACAGCCGUAAAACUAAAAUAGUCGGAAAUCCAGGAGCAGAUAUAAAACUAGAAGUACCACUCGGUGUUACAGUGUACAGGGAAGAUGGCAAAGUAUUGGGAACAAUUGAUAACGAAGACCAAACGCUAAUACUUGCGAGAGGUGGUCCUGGAGGAAAUAAAGAAAAUAACUUUCUUGGCCACUAUGGUCAAAUACACCAUGUUAGAUUAGAUUUGAAAUUGAUUGCUGACGUAGGACUUGUAGGAUUUCCUAAUGCAGGCAAAAGUUCACUCUUAAAAGCAAUAUCUAGAGCAAAACCUAGAAUAGCAAAUUAUCCUUUUACUACUAUCAAACCAAACAAAGGCAUAAUACACUAUGCUGAUCAUAGACAAAUUUCCAUAGCAGACUUACCUGGUCUCAUAGAAGGCGCUCAUGUAAAUAUAGGAUUGGGACACAAAUUCUUAAAGCAUGUUGAAAGAACUAAACUGCUGUUGUUCAUAGCUGAUGUACAUGGCUUUCAAUUAAGUCCUAAACAUCCUCAAAGAUCUUGUUUGGAAACAGUGUUACUGUUGAACAAAGAGUUGGAACUUUAUGAUCCAGAGUUAUUAGAGAAACCAGCUAUAUUAGCGGUAAACAAAAUGGAUUUAGAAGGGGCCCAAGAAAUUUAUGAUAAACUUGUUGAAUCUUAUGAAAGAAUUGAUGAAAUUAUUCAUGACAUUCCCAAGGAGCUCAUACCUGAUAAAAUUAUUUCAUUCAAAGACAUCAUAGGAAUAUCUGCUCUAAAUGAUACAUCAAGUAUAGAACAACUAAAAACAAGGCUUAGGAAAAGGCUAGAUGAAUAUGCUGAAGAGAAUAAUCCAGAUAUAAUUGAGCCUGAUGAGCUUUUAAAGAAAAACAAAGCGGCAUUAGCAGAAAGAGGGCCUAAAAUUACUUGAAAAUAUA